AUGGUGCUGUCGGUGCCCGUGAUCGCUCUGGGUGCCACGCUGGGCACGGCCACCAGCAUCCUCGCGCUGUGCGGGGUCACCUGCCUGUGCCGGCACAUGCACCCCAAGAAGGGAGUGCUGCAGCGGGACCUGGACCCCGAUCCGGAGAAGGCGAAGCCUGGCGUGCUCCGGUCCCAGCAGUUCAACGUCAAAAAGUCCACAGAGCCCGUUCAGCCCCGAGCCCUCCUCAAGUUCCCAGAUAUCUACGGCCCCAGGCCGGCUGUGACGGCCCCCGAGGUCAUCAACUACGCUGACUACAUGCUGAGGACCACAGCGGAGCCCGCUGCACCUGCCAGCCCUCAGGUCCCGAAUGACAGCCGCCUCAAGAGGCAGGUCACAGAGGAGCUGUUCGUCCUUCCUCAGAAUGGUGUGGUGGAGGAUGUCUGUGUCAUGGAGACUUGGAACCCAGAGAAGGCUGCCAGAUGGAACCAAGCUCCCAAACUUCACUACUGUCUGGACUACGACAGGCAAAAGGCGGAACUAUUUGUGACUCACCUGGAAGCUGUGACCAGUGACCAUGACGGAGGCUGUGACUGCUAUAUCCAGGGCAGCGUGGCCAACACGAUGGGCUCCGUGGAGGCCCAGACGGCCCUGAAGAAGCGGCAGCUGCACACCACGUGGGAGGAAGGCCUCGUGCUCCCCCUGGCAGAGGGGGAGCUCCCCACAGCGACCCUGACACUGACCCUGAGGACCUGCGACCGCUUCUCUCGCCACAGUGUAGCCGGGGAGCUGCGCCUGGGCCUGGAUGGGGUGUCGGUGCCUCUGGGGUCUGCCCAGUGGGGCGAGCUGAAGACUUCAGUUAAGGAGCCGUCUGCAGGGACGGGAGAGGUCCUUCUCUCCAUCAGCUACCUCCCGGCUGCCAACCGCCUCCUACUGGUGCUGAUUAAGGCCAAGAACCUCCAUGCUAAUCAGUCCAAGGAGCUCCUGGGGAAGGAUGUCUCUGUCAAGGUGACCUUGAAGCACCAGGCUCGGAAGCUGAAGAAGAAGCAGACGAAACGCGCCAAGCACAAGAUCAACCCCGUGUGGAACGAGAUGAUCAUGUUUGAGCUGCCGGAUGACCUGCUGCGGGCCUCCAGUGUGGAGCUGGACGUGCUGGGCCAGGGCGCCGAGGGGCAGAGCUGCCCGCUUGGGCGCUGCAGCCUGGGCCUGCACGCCUCGGGCUCCGAGCGCAGCCACUGGGAGGAGAUGCUGAAGAACCCGCGCCGGCAGAUCGCCAUGUGGCACCAGCUGCGCCCGUAG